UCAGUGUAGGCAUCACCCAGCUCACCCGCAGCACGCGCCUCUUUACCUGCUUCUGGCGCGCCAAAAUAGAAGGGUCCGCGCGCUCUACUAUAUUAUAAACUCUGGUGCGCAAUUGUCACGAGAAUUGCACUUCACAUUUUUUGUGUUUUCGACAAGUCAAGUGAGAAAGAGUAAGAGGAAAAAUAAAAAAAUUAAAAUAACUUUGAGACAUCUCAAGGUAGCUUUGUCACUUGGCGAGGUCGACUUGGAGCGGGACCUAAACUUCAAGACAUUACCGACGGAGAGGGACUGGUGGGAAAUAGCCAAGUCUGCCAAGUCCGGUCGUGUGUGUCUGUUCAGAGAGAAGACCAAGUGAGCGAGAAGGCAUAAAAGCCCGGUGCAAGGAUGAUGUCCUACAUUAAGCAACCCCAUUACGCCAUGAACAUGUCUGGGAUGGACCUGCUACACACCACCGCUGGAUACCCAUUCUCUGUGUCUCUGGAUUUCUCAGCCACCCCGCGGAAGCAGCGUCGCGAGCGCACCACUUUCACACGCACCCAGCUGGAUAUCCUGGAGGCCAUGUUCUCCAAGACCCGCUACCCCGACAUCUUCAUGAGGGAGGAGGUGGCCCUCAAGAUCAACCUCCCCGAGUCUCGUGUACAGGUGUGGUUCAAAAACCGCCGUGCCAAGUGCCGCCAGCAGCAGCAGCAGAGCAGUGGCCAGUCCAAGCCCCGCCCACCCAAGAAGAAGGCGUCACCCGCCCAGGACCAGCCCAGCACCGGCGCUGAUCCCUCAGCCAACAACCCCUCUGGCUCCUACAGCCCCUCCCCCACCCCAUCAGGCCCCUCCCUGCCCCCUAGCGGCAACAACCCUGGCAACGCACCUGUCUCCAUCUGGAGCCCGGCCAUCUCGCCACUCCCAGACCCUCUGGCCUGCUCGGCGCCCUGCAUGCAGCGGCCCUCUGCCUACCCCAUGAGCUACGGCCAACCUCAGGCCUACGCCCAGGGCUAUGCCGGCACCUCCUCCUACUUCACAGGCUUGGACUGUGGCGCCUACCUGUCGCCCAUGCACUCACAGCUGUCGGCCAACGGCGCCCUCAGCCCCAUCACCGUGCCCUCCAUGGGGGGCUCGCUGAGCCAGUCACCCGCCUCACUCUCCUCCCAGGGCUACGGCACGGCCGCUUCGCUGGGCUUCACCUCCGUCGACUGCCUGGACUACAAAGACCAGCAGGCGUGGAAGCUGGGCUUCAGUGCCAUGGACUGCCUGGACCACAAAGACCAGAAUUCGUGGAAGUUCCAGGUGCUGUAGAGAGAAGAACAAGAACAAGAA